CUAGAUUUUAUAUUAUAUAUUACGGAUAGAAAUAUGCCAGAUAACAUUAUCCAAGGUCGCGAGAAACUCUUCCUUAUGGGAGGAGUCAUCGUAUCCUUGAUCAAUAUCUACACUUUGAACUUUGAUGCUGACUCUGUUUUUGAUAGUAUUGAGCCUAUCCUUGCAUUCCCCUUCUAUGCGUACUUGGCCUUGAUGAUGUAUGCAACUCUGGUAGUCACAAUGAAAAUAGAUGCUUUCAGAAUUUUAGCUAAUGAGGUGUCAAGAUAUACCACAAUUUGGCUUCUAUUGGUAUUCAUUGCUCAUCUUCUUCCAGGAUUUGAUGUAAGAGAUUAUAUUGGAGAACAUGGAAUCACUCAAUGGAGAUCCUUUGCUCCUUUCUAUUUCUUAUUAAGCUAUCUUUUUUAUGUGUAUCAUACCUCCAUAAUCAAUUCUGAUACACGAAUUAUAAACGAGCACCAUAUUACUUAUAACCCAGAAGGAGAUUCUGAAUCUUUAACAAACCCCUUAUCUAUUCCGGGUUCUGCCCAGUUCUCAAAGCCAUCAAGGGAAGAUUUAGUGAACCAACUAAUGGAUGCCAGAGCUGCCAACGCUCUUGGAACAAUCUUGUCAAUUAUUUUCUUGUACUUCUUCACCACUGCUGAAACUGAUUAUCUGCUGCAACUAAGCGCUAGUGGAAUCCUGUUCACAACUUUCUUCAUCUUGUUCAUGUACAACUUCCUGUAUCUGCUGAUUAAGCAGACUUUACUUGCAGAAGAUAUUGAGAAGGUUACUAGGGUUAGUGAAGAAGCUGUAGCAUCUAUUAUAACGAUAUUAGGUACAAUAGCGGCAGGAUUAGAAGAAGAUAGUGAGGUUAGGAUUCCAUUAAUCCUUUUCCUUGGAUGCCUUAUUCAGGUCUUGAUGGUUAAUUAUGUUCUUAGAUCUGAGCUUGCCCUAAGAGAUUUUGACAACGCAAACAAUGGCCAAAUCAAGAAAGAAAUACAACCUCAACAGAUCUUCAUUACUCUGGACAAAAAACUAAUCUCCCAAUAAUUCCCCAGAAAAGGUUAGCCAAUUUUCAAUCUCCAAGUGA